UUGAAGAAGAAGGAACGAACGUAAACAUUGGAAUUCUUUUUAAAUAUUGACUUUAAAAUCCAUCGAGUAACGAAGCCAUCGUCUAGUUUAACACUAGAAGAAUUCUAGAUUGGAUCUACAGAUACAUAUUCUUGCUUUUUGAGAUACUAUUUUUAUCGUUGAAUCUACGAGUCAUUUGGUAAAUCCUUUGAACUGAAAGAUUUUAUAGAGGUUCAGAAACAAGAUGGCGUGUGCCACUUUAAAGCGUUCCUAUGACUUUGAUCCCGUUCUGAGCCCACAGCAGCAACCAUGUCAAAAGAGAAGGCGCUAUAUGACGGUUAAAUCAAGCCCAACAACAGCGACGAAUGAGCCAUCAAAGUUCCUUGAUGUAACUCCAAAGAUGACCUCAGAGCAAAUUGCACAAAAUGUGGAACAGGAGUGGAAGAGAAUACAGAGACUAAAGAAAAUUGCUGCCAUUUCACCAACCUCAAAUAUAUUCAUGGAUAAUCAUAUUAACCAUUUGCUACCAAAUGCUUCAUCAAAUAUAUCACUUUCAUCAAGCAUAUCAUCAUCACCAAGUUUGCCCAACACAAGUGAUACAAAUAAACCUAUAUUCACAUUGAAACAAGUGCAGUUAAUUUGUGAAAGAAUGCUAAAAGAACGAGAAAAGCAGUUACAAGAGGAAUAUGAUAAAGUACUUAAUCAAAAACUAUCAGAACAAUAUGAUGCAUUUGUGAAAUUUAGCCAUGAUCAAGUUCAGAAAGGGCUUGGAAAAGCCCCUCUAAGCUAUGUAUCGUGAAUGGUACUAAACUGGUAGAGAUAUUUAGUUGGAAAUCUCUGAGAGGAGUACUGUAAACAUUUGUGCAAUUCAUGGCACAGCUGUUCUUAGAUUCACUUUGGGAAGUGUAAUGUGUGAUAUGACUGCUAAAUCUGUAUUAUGUAAAAUAUGAUGGGCAAAAUUCAGAUCAAGACAUCUUAAUGCACGGAUGUUUUUACUUGACAUUAACUAGAAUUUUGUAAAUAAAUUUCAUUGUAAAGUUUAUACUGUUUAUUGAAGGUAACUAUUGUAUUGAAUUAAAACAUGACUUAUUAUUAAAGGGA